ACUCGAUUUAUCACAAGGCCUUGUUACCUGAAGUUUAUCUGUGCUUCGAUCUGUGCUUGCAAUGGGUGGUUGGUGGUGGAGGCUACUUUUUGCUGCAGUUUCUGUUCUCUUGUCUCCUGAACUUUGUCAUUCCCAAAAAGAACCGAACUACACAUUUAUGCACAAUGCAACCUCAGCAGCAAACAUCUCAUACUACGACUACAUCGUAAUUGGUGGUGGCACAGCAGGGUGUCCUUUAGCUGCGACUCUGUCCCAAAAUUUCAGGGUGUUGUUGCUUGAACGCGGUGGCUCACCCUACGGCAACCCCAACAUCACAAACUUAUCAGCCUUCGGUAAUAGCCUCUCUGAUACAUCACCUACCUCUCCCUCUCAGCGUUUCAUCUCCCAAGACGGCGUCAUAAACUACAGAGCUCGCGUUCUUGGUGGCGGAAGUUGUUUGAACGCUGGAUUCUACUCUCGCGCUAGCCUUCGCUAUGUCAAGGAAGCUGGUUGGGAAGGAAGGGCAGUAAAUGAGUCGUACCAAUGGGUGGAGAAGAAGGUGGCGUUUGAGCCAAAGGUGCAGCAGUGGCAAUCAGCUGUGAGGGAUGGAUUGCUGGAGAUUGGGGUGGUGCCUAACAAUGGCUUCACUUAUGAUCAUGUUCAUGGAACCAAGGUCGGGGGCACCAUCUUUGACCAGCAUGGUAACAGGCACAUUGCUGCUGAUCUUUUGGAAUAUGCCAACCCCAAUGGAAUUACUGUGCUUUUGCAUGCAACCGUGCAUAGGAUCUUGUUUACAACGAAAGGUCUAUCAAGGCCAAGGGCCCAUGGUGUAGUGUUCAAGGAUGCAUCGGGGGUUAGACAUAAGGCAUACCUGAAGCAGGGGACCAAGAACGAGAUCAUUGUAUCAGCCGGUGCACUUGGAAGCCCACAGCUUCUAAUGUUGAGUGGAGUUGGCCCAGCCCACCACCUUAAAGCCCAUAACAUCAGCGUAACAUUGGACCAGCCUUUUGUAGGUCAAGGAAUGUCAGAUAACCCCAUGAACGCCAUCUUUGUCCCUUCUCCUGUCCCCGUAGAAGUCUCCCUUAUUGAGGUUGUCGGCAUCACCAACUUCGGCAGUUACAUUGAAGCUGCCAGCGGUGAAAACUUUUCCGGCGGUUCCAAAAAAGACUACGGAAUGUUCUCCCCCAAGAUUGGUCAACUCUCCACUGUGCCCCCAAAGCAAAGGACCCCAGAAGCGCUGGCAAAAGCAAUAGAAUCGAUGGAGACUCUUGACCAAGCAGCGUUCAGAGGUGGAUUCAUACUUGAGAAAAUCAUGGGUCCAAUUUCAACAGGCCAUUUGGAGCUCCAAAACAGUGAUCCAAAUUAUAACCCGUUAGUGACCUUCAACUACUUCCAGGACCCCCGAGACUUAAAGAGAUGCGUCAAGGGCUUAAGCACUGUGGAGAAGAUAAUUGAAUCCAAGGCUUUCUCUCCAUUCAAAUACGAGAACAUGCCAAUGUCCCUGCUACUGAACAUGACUGCGAGUUCCCCUGUGAACUUGUUGCCUAAACACGCGAAUACUACAUUGUCUCUGGAACAGUUCUGCAAAGACACUGUGAUGACCAUAUGGCAUUACCAUGGAGGCUGCCAAGUUGGGAGAGUUGUUGAUAAUGACUAUAAGGUUCUUGGUGUGGAUGCACUGCGUGUUAUUGAUGGUUCCACCUUUAACUAUUCUCCAGGAACUAAUCCUCAGGCCACUGUAAUGAUGCUUGGCAGGUACAUGGGAGUCAAAAUAUUGAGAGGGAGACUUGAUACAGCUGAUGAUAAUAUUAAUGAAACAGAGCGAUGAGUAGUAUAAAAGGACAAAACAAUUCUUAUGAGUAUUUAAUUUGUAGAGUUUAUUAAGGAACCUUAGAAUGAUGCAAAUUUAAAGUUAAACACUCCCGAUAAUUGAUGAAUCGAAACCACAAUGGAAAAUAAAAAUAAAAAUCUUCCUUUCGAUUAGAAAAGGAUGGUUAAUUGAUAACUACGGCAGCCAAAUGUUCGAUAUGGGAACCUCUCGAGGAACUAGACAAGGGUAAUUGGAUGUUUCAUCAUAGUUUUGAAUAAUGCGAGGGUUUUUUUCUUUUUCAUUUUUUUAUGGAAAAAAAGUUUCUAAAAUUACUUUAGGUAACUUUAUCUGCUU